AACAAGAAGUUCUUAUACGACAUAUUUAUAUAGACGCGACGCGUGCCCCAAUCUUAUCUCGUGACGCGUUUGCCGCUUUUUUAUUUCGGAACUCAAAAACUGGUCGCAAGGCCCGACCUUGACACUCACUUUUCUAAACAAUCGACUCGGAUCCGAGACCAUUUUUUGGUCUCUGCUUUUUGGCCAACAUCUCGUCUUCUUUCUCGGCCGCUUUACAAACCGCCCGUCAGUCUUCCGCCGGACCGGAGAUGGAACGCACGGAUCGCGUCCGCUGAGCUGUGAUUUAUAAUAUUUUCCCAAACCCAAACUCAAACUCAAAACCAAGUCUGACCAGCUAAUUGCUGCAACUAAAAGCACUCGAAAACUCUUGCCUAAUCGCCACAAGUGCAGCGUGCAAACAAUAAAACAAACAGCCAAACAAAAGUGCAUAAAAAAUAUACAAAAACGUGUGCUUGUCCAUGCAACUGCAUAUUUUAAUACAUAAUUAGCCAAAGAUCGUGGAAGCAUCCCAGUGCUCAGUGCUUGUAUAUAUAUGGCAAAAAUGUGGCAGGGAAUCGUGUGGAGCUUGACUUUCUGCCUCGUCGGAUUGGCGGGUUUCGGCCUCGGAAACAACUUGGCCGGCUACGAAGGCUACACCAAGUACACGGUGCAACAUGGUGACGAGGAUGCGUUCCGGUAUAUGGUGGAUCUGCAGACGAACGACGCGGAGCUGGACUUUUGGCUCCUGACCAGAAACUCAUCCGUGCUGACAGUGAGCCCCAAGCGGAAGAGUCAGUUCGAGGCGCGUCUGUCGAGUUUGGGAGUCAACUACGAGAUGCAGCCUCUAAUGGAGUUGAUGGCCGCCCUGCAGGCGAACAGUUCCUAUGCCGAAGGUGAUUCCGAUGGGGAGUUCGAGGAGUGCCAGCAGGAGAAUUGUGAGCAGGCGGAGCGUCCACGUCGGAGGACUCGUCGCCAGGCCCGUGGCUUCUUCUCGCACUAUCCGCGUUACCACGAGGUGCUCAGCUUCAUGAGCGGACUGGCCGCCAGAUAUCCGCAGUACUGUCGCUACGAAUCCCUGGGUCGUUCCAACGAGGGUCGUCAUAUAGCUGCCCUCUCGAUUUCCCUGAACAGCAGGGUACGACCUCGUCGAGUGGCCUAUAUCCAGGCAGCCACCCACGGAAGGGAGUGGAUCACCACGCAGACGGUUCUCUAUUUGGCCUACGAACUGCUGAGCAAUCUGCGAGCCUUUACAAGGGUCCUGCAGGAUGUGGAGAUUUUCCUAGUGCCCCUCGUCAAUCCCGACGGCUACGAAUACACCCACACGACGGAUCGCUUCUGGCGCAAGAACCGUCAUCGUUAUGCGGGUCAUUCCUGCUCCGGCGUGGACAUCAACCGGAACUUUGGAAACCACUGGAACUAUCAGGGUGCCAGCCAGAACCUCUGCUCGGAGGUUUACUCGGGAACGGCGCCCAAUUCGGAACCGGAGACCUCGGCCGUGGUGCGAUAUCUGGAAUUCAAUCGGAACCGUGUGAAACUCAGCCUGGAUGUUCACUCAUUUGGCAAAUUCAUUUUUUAUCCCUACGGCUACGCGAAAAACACUGUGCCACCCACCGUGGGAACAUUGCGUUCAGUGGCUCUGAGGGCCGCCAACCAGAUCGGCAGGUACCGUGGCACCCGCUACACCACCGGCACCUCCGCCUCGAUUUUGUAUGAGGCAUCCGGCAGCCUGGACGACUUCGCCUAUGGCAACCUGGGAAUCCCACUGUCCUACACGCUCGAGCUGCCCGGUGACGAGUUCCACGUGCCCGCCCAUGACAUCAUCCACGUCUGCAAGGAGACAUUCGCCGGCUUCAUCGAGUUCAUUCGGCAUGUCAGCCUCUACUAGAGGCUCCUCUAUUUCCUAAAAGUUUAAGCAAUUGAAUUUAUGUUUGUUAAAUUUAAAAUAAUUAGUGACUUCGUUGUUAAGCAUUAAAGAGAUGAAUAUGGA